CGGUGGAGCUGGCAGGAUCGGAGAGGAGCGGGCAGUGAGCCGCCGUCGUGAGGAAACACCGCACAGAUGAAGGGACCGUCGCAGACAACUGUAACAAAUUCCUCCGUUUGAUUAUUUUUACAUAUCAAACGACACCUUCCCGCCACCGGGAUCGCGCCGUCGCUGUGGGUCUUUCACUCCGAGGGGCUUGCCUGUUUUUUUAUCCUCCGGGAGGCUGAAUGGAAGCAGCAGCCGAGGGAGCGGUCGGGCUGUCGGAGGCCAGGGAAGGGAGCCCGCUAUCCGGGGCCGCAGCAUCCGAUGAUGCGGACACGGUUGUGGGAGUCAGCUACGGGAUGGACGCAGACAUGGAUGCAGCUGCUAAGAAAGCCUUCAUCACAGAGAUGCCCUCAUCCUCAGGCCAGCCUGGCCAGGGAAAGAAGAUUGGCCACAGAGGGGUGGAUGCAUCAGGGGAAACUACUUACAAGAAGACCACAUCAUCAGCCUUGAAAGGCGCCAUCCAGCUGGGCAUCGGUUACACAGUGGGCAACCUGAGCUCCAAGCCUGAGAGAGAUGUGUUAAUGCAGGACUUCUACGUGGUGGAGAGCAUCUUUUCCCCUAGUGAAGGGAGCAACCUUACUCCAGCCCAUCACUUCCCCGAUUUCCGCUUUAAAACGUACGCUCCUGUGGCCUUCCGCUACUUCAGAGAACUGUUUGGCAUCAGGCCGGAUGACUACCUGUACUCCCUGUGUAACGAGCCUCUGAUCGAGCUGUCCAAUCCUGGAGCGAGCGGCUCGGUGUUCUACCUUACAAAGGAUGAUGAGUUCAUCAUCAAGACUGUGAUGCACAAGGAGGCUGAAUUCUUACAGAAACUGCUGCCUGGAUACUACAUGAACUUGAAUCAGAACCCUCGCACUUUGCUGCCCAAGUUUUUCGGCCUCUACUGUGUCCAGUCGGGCGGGAAGAACAUCCGCGUGGUAGUUAUGAACAAUGUCCUGCCCCGUGUGGUUCGCAUGCACCUUAAAUACGACCUGAAGGGGUCCACUUACAAGAGGCGAGCGUCCAAGAAGGAGAGGGAGAAGGCCAGGCCCACCUUCAAAGACCUGGACUUCAUGCAAGACUUGCAGGAUGGCCUGUUGUUGGACCAGGACACUUACAAUGCUCUGACCAAGACCCUGCAGAGAGACUGCCUGGUGCUGGAAAGCUUUAAGAUCAUGGACUACAGCCUACUGCUUGGGGUCCACAACAUUGACCAAGCAGAGAGGGAUAGGCAGAUGGAAGGCUCCCAGGGUGACAGCGAUGAGAAAAGGCCUGUGGCCCAGCAGAAGGCUUUGUACUCCACAGCUAUGGAGUCCAUCCAGGGAGGAGCUGCCUGCGGAGGGUCUAUCGACACAGACGACACGAUGGGCGGUAUCCCAGCAGUUAAUGGAAAAGGAGAAAGGCUUCUUCUCUUCAUCGGAAUCAUCGACAUCUUGCAGUCUUACAGGUUAAUCAAGAAACUGGAACACACGUGGAAGGCUUUGGUUCAUGAUGGGGACACCGUAUCAGUCCACCGGCCAGGCUUCUACGCCGAUAGGUUCUUGAAAUUCAUGAGCACCACCGUUUUCAAGAAGUGCUCCUCUUUGAAGUCGUCUCCAUCAAAGAAGGGUCGUGUGUCCUUGACGGUGCCCAAGUGUGGUGGUCCUGGUGCGGCCUGGUCAGCCAGCCAGCUGCCCUCUGAGAGAGACGAGAAUAUCUAUGACCUGAGAGGAGCUCGCAGCUUCCCAACGCUGGAGGAUGAGGGGAGGCCAGAUCUUCUUCCGUGUACUCCUCCAUCCUUUGAGGAGGCCACCACAGCAUCAAUUGCCACCACGCUCUCUUCCACCACCUCUUUGUCCAUUCCUGAGAGAUCUCCCUCUGACACGGCCGAACACCCCCGCUACAGGAGGCACACCCAGUCACUCAGCCAUGACGGAAGGACCCAGGAGGAGCUGCGUGUGCGUGAGGAGGACCAGCAGACCAUCACAGUGGAGGUGGAGUUGAAGAGACAUGACAGUGAGCCCACCAUCUCUGUUCCACAGCCCUCACCUGAAAUCAGUGAUGAUCAGGAAGUAGCCGGUGCAGAGGCUCAAGACUGCACCGCAGCAGAACCUUCGGGCCCUUUGUCAGCACCCGAGGCUGCGUCAUCCACCCCUUCGUCUGCCCUAGCUGCUUCCUCCUCCCCUGUGCCACCCGAGGAGGCCGCAUCCAGCCCAAAGGAGGUGGUGGUAGAGGCAGACAGGGCCAGCCAGGUGUCCGGCUCAGGGUGCACCAGUCAGGCUUCAGUCGAUGAUGAUGAUGAUGUGCCAAUCACAGAUAUCUACUUUUUUCCUGAUGGGAGGACCUGGGUGGUCUCUCCUUUCCGACAAAGGAGGAAAUGCCAGUCCGGUUGGCCACCUCCAGAGGACAGGACCUGGGUGUACUCUCCGCUACACUAUGGCUCAGAGUCUAAGGCCCUGCCAGAUGGGGAUUGGGAAAGAGAGACAUAAAUCCUGUUUUCUGGCAGAGAAGAGUGAGUGAACAUCUCAGCGGAGAGGACUCAUCAGUCUGAAGUCCAGACGUCAGUGGCAGCAGCGCGAUCUCUGUCUGAACCAAGAUUUUAAACAUGCAUACAGAAACACACAGAGGAAAAAGUGACUUGAGUUCCAGAGAGGAAAAAAAAAAUCCUGACAUUGAUGAUAUCACUGGUUUUCAACCAUCCCUGCCUUUCACCCUUGACAAAUGAAUUACAUCAAUUUAAUAAAUAGGUGUAUGUGUGACAUAGUGUGUAUAAGUAUGUAUGUACUCUUCUAUGUUUGACAUACACAAAAGAUGAUAACUUUUGGUCCUGUUUCACACAAGCGCAGCCCUCCAGCUGACUCUUUUUUCCCACUGAAUCUGCAGCGAGAGGAGCUGCUGGGUCUGGGAAGAUUUUUUUUAUUCAGGAUAUCCUUAAUGUUACAAAGUAGAUUUUCUCUACAUUUGGCGCAUGGUGGCGCAGUGGUUAGCACUGCUGCCUCACAGUUAGAAUACCAUCUGGAAGGCCUGGGUUCAAUUCCACCUUGGCCCAGGCCUCUCCCUCUCUCUGUGUGGAGUUUGCAUGUUCUCCCU